AUGACCAUGAGCAUUCGAAUGAUAGGCCCCGUCAUCUCAAUUGUGGGGAUGGGAGGCUUGGGAAAGACAACUCUCGCUAAACUGAUAUUCAAUGAUCCUCAGGUUGAGGAAUGCUUUGAGAUGAGGCUAUGGGUGUGUCUUUCAGAGGUCUUUGACAUUGAGGAAAUCACUGAGAAGAUCCUCAAGUCAAAAACUAACACACAGAUACCGAAGUUAGAGAUGGAACAGCUGCCAGGUCAAUUGCGGGAUUUGCCGGAGAAAAUCAGGGAUAAAAAAUACUUGCUUGUUUUGGAUGAUGUGUGGAUUGAAGAACGUGCGAAAUGGCUUGAGUUGAAGGCUCUAUUGAUGGUUGGUAGAAACUCUAAAAAGGGAAGUAAAAUUGUGGUAACUACUCGAUCAAGGAAUGUGCCUAUAAUGAUAGGAAGUUUUCCUCCUCAUGAAUUACAAGGUCUAUCAGAGGAGAAGUCCUGGGAAUUAUUUGAAAAGAUGGCAUUCAUCAAUAAAGAAGCUCAACAAAACCCACAAUUAGUGAAGGUAGGUAAGGAGAUUGUUAAAAAGUGUGGGAAACUUCCUUUGGCCAUAAGAACCGUAGGCAGCCUGCUUUAUGGCAAGGAUGAGAGAAAGUGGUUGUCAAUCAAGAAUACAAGUUUCGCAAAAAUACCUGAGAGAAAAACAGAUAUUAUGAGCAUUCUUAGGCUUAGCUACAAUCACCUAAGCUCGCCAUUGAAAAAUUGUUUUGCUUAUUGCUCUUUGUUUCCAAAAGACACUGAGUUGAACAAAGAAAUGUUGAAAGAUCUUUGGAUGGCAGAGUGUUUCAUUAUUCCAGAAAACAAUGAAAACCAAAGUCUAGAUGAAGCUGUAGAGGACUAUUUUAGUCUAGAUGAAGCCGCGGAGGACUACUUUCAAACUUUGCUGCAAAGGGGCUUUUUCCAAGAUAUAACAAAAAAAUGCAUGGGGUGA